AUGGAGAGCGGCGAGCGGGACAUGUACCGGCAGUUUCAGGACUGGUGCCUCAGGACUUACGGGGACUCGGGGAAAACCAAGACGGUGACCCGUAAAAAAUACGAGCGGAUCGUCCAGCUCCUGAACGGCUCCGAGUCGAGCUCGACGGAUAACGCCAAAUUCAAAUUCUGGGUCAAAUCUAAAGGCUUCCAGCUCGGCAACUCGGACGAGGUCAGUGGUGGUGCUGGAGGAGGGAAGCAAGUGCUGUACGUGCCAGUCAAAACCACGGAUGGAGUAGGUGUAGAUGAGAAGCUGUCUUUACGGCGGGUAGCCGUGGUAGAAGAUUUCUUUGACAUUAUCUAUUCCAUGCAUGUUGAAACUGGGCCUAAUGGAGAACAAAUCAGAAAACAUGCUGGACAAAAGAGAACAUAUAAAGCAAUUUCAGAGACCUAUGCCUUCCUACCGAGAGAAGCGGUGACACGAUUUCUAAUGAGCUGCUCAGAGUGCCAGAAAAGAAUGCAUUUAAACCCAGAUGGAGCAGAUCAUAAAGAUAAUGGAAAACCUCCAACUUUGGUGACCAGUAUGAUUGAUUACAAUAUGCCAAUUACCAUGGCCUAUAUGAAACACAUGAAGCUGCAGCUACUAAAUUCACAGCAAGACGAGGAUGAAAGCUCUAUAGAAAGUGAUGAGUUUGAUAUGAGUGACUCUACUAGGAUGUCAGCUGUGAACUCCGACCUCAGCUCAAAUCUCGAAGAGAGAAUGCAAAGUCCUCAGAAUCUCCAGGGCCAGCAGGAUGAUGAUUCAGCUGCAGAGAGUUUUAAUGGCAAUGAGACCGUGGGACACAGUUCCAAUGCUUCAGGGGGAACACACUGCAGGGAGAUGGCAGAAACCAACAGUAAUGGCAAAACAAAUCUGGAGCAGGAUGAGCAGCCUCUGAACCUGAGUGACAGUCCCCUCUCUGCUCAGCUGACUUCAGAAUACAGACUAGAUGAUCACAACAGUAAUGGAAAGAACAAAUACAAGACUCUCCUAAUUUCUGAUCUCAAGAUGGAACGGGAGGCAAGAGAAAAUGGAAGCAAGUCCCCUGCACAUAGCUAUUCAAGCUAUGACUCUGGCAAGAAUGAGAGUGUAGGCAGAGGUGCUGAAGAUCUGUCUUUGAAUCGAGGAGAUGAAGAUGAGGAUGACCAUGAUGAGCAGGAAGAUCCUGAGAAGGUUAAUGAGUCGGAUGGGGUAGAAGCUGAGCGACUGAAAGCUUUUAAUAUGUUUGUCAGGCUGUUUGUAGAUGAAAACUUGGACCGAAUGGUCCCAAUCUCUAAGCAGCCAAAAGAAAAGAUCCAAGCUAUCAUUGACUCAUGCAGGCGACAAUUCCCUGAGUAUCAAGAGCGUGCCAGAAAGCGCAUACGUACUUACCUCAAGUCCUGCAGGCGGAUGAAAAGAAGUGGUUUUGAGAUGUCACGACCUAUUCCCUCACACCUUACUUCAGCAGUUGCAGAGAGUAUCCUGGCUUCCGCCUGUGAGAGUGAAAGCAGAAAUGCUGCAAAAAGGAUGCGGUUGGAUAGACAACAGGAUGAAGCUGCUCCAGCUGACAAACAGUACAAACAGGAGCCAGCCCAGGUCACUUACUCAACAUCAGCUGUUUCCAGCACACAGGAGGUGUUGUACAUCAAUGGAAAUGGGACCUACAGUUACCAUAGUUACAGAGGGCUCGGAGGUGGGCUGCUAAAUCUCAACGAUGCUUCUAGCAGUGAUCUGCAGCCGCCCUCUACCACAGCUGCGAGUCAGCACUGCAUCCCAGGCACCACGAACGUCCAGUCCCCUUCCAACUCAGGUCCAACAGAUCUCAGUAUGAAGAGGCAGUUAGCAACCAGCUCUGGAUCCUCCAGUAGUACAAGCUCUAGACCCCAGCUGAGUCCGACUGAGAUAAACGCAGUGAGGCAGCUUGUGGCAGGGUAUCGAGAAUCAGCUGCAUUUUUAUUGCGUUCUGCAGAUGAACUGGAAAACCUUAUUUUGCAGCAGAACUGA